AUGGGUAGCACGGAUAGUACUGCCACCUCUGGAAAAGUAUUCGCACCUAGAAUCUGGAGGCCUAAUGUGUCGAAGUCUCCUGAAGAAAAUGUUGCAAGCUUUCUUGAGUAUGUCACAGAUAUGAAGAAGAAGAUGAACAUUCACUUAGAGGUUUUGCAGCAAGGUAUGUCAAAAACUAAGAGUAGAAAAGAAAAAGGAGAACCCAGCAGAAAAAGAAAGCGAGAAGUCGAAAAGAAUGACUGUGGAGAAUGGCCUGUCAUUAUCGUUGACACAGAUAACGACGAUGAUGAAAAAAAGACUAAUAAAGGAGGCGAGGCAGAAGAGAAACAGGAGGAUGAGGCUGAAAAAGAUGGCGAGAAGGAAGGUGGUGAGGCAAAAGAGAAAGAAAAGGAGGAUAUAGCUGAGAAAGAUGGGGAAAAGGAAGAUGAUGAGACGGAGGACGAUGAUGAGACUGAGGAAGAUGAUGAGACGGAGGAAGAUGAGGAAACCGAUGAAGAUGCUAAAAGUGAUGCAGAUUCUGAUUCAGAAACUAAGAGUGAGAAAGAAUUGGUUGUAGAAUCAGAUGUAUCAGUUGAAUCAGGCAGUGAUGAUUAUUAUGAUGAUGAUGAUAGUGGGUUGUCUUCUGAUUUUGGGAACAACAAUGAAAGAAGUCAAGUAACAAGUGAAGAUUCAUCUAUGUUUGCUAUGAGAAUUUCUGAUUGA